GGAAUCGAAAGAUUUAAGAAACAUAACUUUUCCUUAUGCCAUUGUCAUCCGUCUCUGUUUCCCUUCGUUCCAGUGUGGACACAAGUUAUCAGACUUUGACCUUUUUUUUCUAAUAUAUCUUUUUAUUUCUUUUACUAAUUAAUUAAUUUAGUGAUUUCACGCUCCCAAUCUCUCACAUUUCAAGGUUGUUUCUCCUCUUUCUCUUUUCUUCUCUUAUACAAGAAUCAAUCAAUUCUAUUGUUCUGAUUUUUAGGGUUUCUUUUGAUUCUCCAAAAUCUUCCCUUUCUUUCUUCAUCUUUUUUUUCUUUUUUUCCCUCUUUCUCCUUUCUUUCCUUUGUUCCCAAAAAUUUGUCUUCCCCUGUAUCUAUUUUUUUAUAAAUACAGGUUCUUCUUUUCUUAUGCGCCCGUCUAUGCAAUUGACAAGAAACUUAGGGUUUAUUUUUAAUGGCUGAUACUAGAAGAUACCUUCCCAAUCAACCACUUGCAGACUUAAAGCAGAUAUUGGAGGAAUCAAAACACCGUUGGCUCCGGCCGAAUGAAAUCUUAGAAAUUUUUAACAACUACCAGUUGUUUAAGUUAUCUCCAGAGCCACCUGUUAGGCCAUCAGCUGGUUCGUUGUUCCUGUUUGAUCGAAAAGCACUUCGAUAUUUUCGUAAAGAUGGGCACAAUUGGAGGAAGAAAAAAGAUGGAAAAACUGUUAGAGAAGCUCAUGAAAAGUUGAAGGCUGGCAGUGUGGAUGUUCUUCAUUGCUACUAUGCCCAUGGGGAGGAUAAUAACAAUUUCCAGCGGCGUUGUUAUUGGAUGCUUGAUGGGAAGUUAGAGCAUAUUGUACUUGUGCACUACAGAGAAGUAAAAGAGGGAUACAGGUCUGGUGUAUCUCAUUUGCUCUCAGAACCAAGUGCACAGGUUGAUAGCUCUCAACCCAGUUCUGCUCCUUCCCUUGCACAAACAGCCUCACCUGCUUUUACAGGUCAGACUUCUUAUGCAUCAAGUCCAAACAGAGUUGACUGGAAUGGCCAAACAUUAUCUUCAGAGUCUGAGGAUGUGGACUCUAGGGAUAAUCUACGAGCCUCUCCUCUCACUGAACCUGUCUAUGGUUCUUUACUUGGAACUGAUGUAGAAGGAUUUCCUAUGAUUUCAAGGAAUCCUCCUGAAUCAUGGUUUAUUGGAUCUAAAUUUGGUCAACGCACUGAAUCAUCUCUGUGGCCUGAAAUUCCUAGCUCCAGCAAAAGUGCGGAUCAUGUGCAGGACCAGAAAUCGUGUGUUGGGGAACAUAGUGGAGCUGACUUUAUUACUCAUAAGUUAAGAGAUCCCAGAUUAGACAGUAAUGGUCCAGAUACUGUGACUAUUGGGGGUAGAUUGAUCUCUAACAUGGAUGAUGAUGCAGUAGCAGCAGUUCAUCAGAAAAUAAUUCAGGAGCAUGAUUUCAACUUGAUUCCUCCUCGUUUUCUUAAUUUUUCUGGCACUCAGAAUGAUGAUUAUUUUCUCCAACCUGAAGAUGGCAGUGCAAACGAUAGUGAAUUAGGAGAGCUAAAGAAACUUGAUAGUUUUGGUAGAUGGAUGGAUAAAGAAAUUGGUGGUGAUUGUGAUGAUUCUUUGAUGGCGUCUGACUCUGGCAAUUAUUGGAAUACACUGGGUGCUGAGAAUGAAGAAAAAGAAGUUUCUAGUUUAUCACACCACAUGCAGUUAGAUAUUGAAUCAUUGGGUCCAUCUCUUUCCCAGGAACAGUUAUUUAGCAUUCAUGAUUUUUCACCAGACUGGGCUUAUUCUGGUGUAGAAACAAAGGUUCUAAUCAUUGGUACAUUCUUGGGAAGCAAGAAAUUUUCUAGUGAGAGAAAAUGGGGCUGUAUGUUUGGUGAAAUUGAAGUUUCUGCUGAAGUUCUUACAAAUAAUGUUGUCAAAUGUCAAGCCCCUUUACAUGUUUCUGGGAGAGUCCCAUUCUACAUCACCUGCCGGAACAGGUUAGCAUGCAGCGAGGUGAGGGAAUUUGAAUACCGUGACAAUCCUUCAAGCAUUGCUUCUCUGUCUGUCAGGAGUGUGCAACAGGAGGAACUGCAGCUUCAAGUUCGUCUAGCUAAGUUGUUAUAUUUGGGCCCUGAGAGAAAAUGGUUAAAUUGCUCCUCUGAGGGGUGCAACAAAUGUAAGCGGCUCAGAAGUACCUUAUAUUCAAUAAGAAACUAUAGCAACAAAGAUUAUACAAGGAUCAGAGAGGACUGUACAGUUUCUGAAGUUAAUUGUACCAAUUCUAGAGAUGAAUUGAUCCAUAGUUUGCUAAAGGACAAGCUUUGUGAAUGGCUGGUCUGUAAAGUUCAUGAAGGUAAAGGGCUAGAUGUGUUGGAUGAUGAAGGCCAAGGAGUAAUGCACUUGGCUGCUAGUCUUGGCUAUGAAUGGGCCAUGGGCCUCAUAGUUGCUGUCAGUAACAAUCCCAAUUUCAGGGAUGCACAAGGAAGAACAGCACUUCACUGGGCAUCAUAUUUUGGGAGAGAAGAGACUGUCAUUGCACUUGUUAGCCUAGGGGUGGAUCCAACUGCUGUUGAUGAUCCGACUCCAGCAUUUCCUGGUGGGAGAGUUGCAGCUGAUUUAGCAUCAAAUCAAGGGCAUAAAGGAAUAGCUGGAUAUUUGGCUGAGGCAUUUUUAACUAGGCAGCUUUCAUCAUUAAAUAUUAAUGAAAAUGCUACAAAUAGUGUUGAUGCGACCAUUGCAGCAGAACAGGCUACUGAGCUUGCAGCAGCCCUUGUUGCCCUUCCAUCAAAUGGGAGAGUAGAUGAUCAGCUGUCCUUGAAAGGAUCUCUUGCUGCUGUUCGAAAAUCAGCUCUUGCAGCAGCUCUUAUUCAAGCAACCUUCCGGUCAUAUUCCUUCCAGUAUAGGCAAUUGCCUAAGGGAACUGAUGAUUCUGAAGUUUCACUUGACCUGGCUGCUCUAGGUUCUUUGAACAAAGAUCAAAGGAGUCGUCAUUUUGAAGAUUAUUUGCACUCUGCAGCUGUAAAGAUCCAACAAAAGUAUCGUGGCUGGAAGGGAAGAAAAGAAUUUCUGAAGAUACGAAAUCGAAUAGUAAAAAUUCAGGCUCAUGUGAGGGGACGUAAAGUACGGAAGCAGUAUAAAAAAGUUAUUUGGUCUGUCAGUAUUGUUGAAAAGGCAAUACUCCGUUGGAGGCGUAAAAGAUCUGGUCUGCGAGGAUUUCAUGUGGAAAAGACAACUGGGGAUGUGACAACAGAAACUGACAGAAGUGAUGAAUAUGAGUUUCUGAGAAUAAGCCGCAAACAGAAGUAUGCUGGAGUUGAGAAGGCUCUAGCAAGGGUCCAGUCAAUGGCUCGUGACCCUGCAGCACGUGACCAAUACAUGAGGCUAGUUACAAAAUCUGAGAAACUCAAGAUGAGUGAUGAAGGGAUUAGCAUAUCACGGCAAGAUGAAUAUUUACAAUAGGGGAGAAUAGGGAACGCCUUCAUACCUGAUCAAAGAUCCAAUUUGUUUUGGUCAGUAUUAGAUUGAAUCAAGCAGCUGCAUAGUUCAUAGAGGGAGAAGUGAUUAUUAUUUGAUAACUAUAUUCUAACAUAUAUUAUAUAGGGGCGGGAUGGUUGGGGGGCAAAUGAGUGGGAAAGUUGCACUGUAAAUGUCGUUUUCUUUUUAACGCUAGUCAAUAUUUAAUAGCUGGUAUAGAGUAGCGGAAAAAAAAUGGUUUUUCUUUUAUCGAAUGUGACAAGGUCAUAGCAGUUUAGAAGCCUGCAAAUGGUACUAUCAUGAUUUCUACCAAAGUAUAUGGAAAAUAUUUUGUAGGUCUCAUUCUUUGAGAUCUGUUAUUCCCCUUUA